AUGAGUAAUGUUGGAGAAUUAUCAUAUUUUCUUGGGUUGCAAAUACAACUACAACAAGAUAGUAUUCUACUUUCUCAAGAAAAAUAUGCAAGGAAUUCAGUUGAAAAAUUCGAACUAAAAGGUGCAACACCCAUGACAACUCCGAUGCCAACUACUGGCAAACUUCAAUCGAAUCCAGGUGAAAAAUCAGUUGAUCAGAAACUAUACAGAUCUAUGAUAGGGAGCUUGCUAUAUCUAACUGCAACAAGACCAUACAUUGCGUUUAGUGUGGGAUGUUUUGCUAGAUUUCAAGCAGAUCCUAGAGAAUCACAUCUCAAAGCUGUAAAACGAAUCAUUAGAUACGUUAAUGGUACAAUAGAUUAUGGUCUAUCAUACUCUAUGGAUACAAACAACAGUCUUGUUGCCUAUUCAGACAAUGAUUGGAAAGGAUGUGUUCAUGAAGAUUUUGUUGAUCCGGUUACAGAAGAUGAGAUGUAUUUAAUUGACUUAUCAUCACCAUCACGAGAAUUGGAAGUAGAGAGGCAAAAGAAUAAAGAGAUGGCAGAAGAAAACUUGUAUCUUGAAUGUGACAAGCAGGAAAUAACUUAUCAAAGAAGGGGUCAAACAAGAACAUUGAUAAACAACAUAAUCUUCAUGAAGAAUAUUAUUGACAAUAACAACGACAUGAUUCAGUUGCAACCUGCAGAUGUAGAGAGACUUGAAGAUAUUGCUAACAAGUGA